AUGGUGGCCACCGAGAAUGACAUCGAGAAGGAACAGACACCUCCACAGCUGGAUGAUUUCCCGGAGGGCGGGGUUAAGGCGUGGGGGGUUGUUGCCGGGGCAUUUUGUGUGCUGUUUUGCACGUUUGGGUACCUGAAUGCUUAUGGCGUAUACCAGAAUUAUUACCAGGGCCACCAACUGAGCCAUGAGUCGUCGUCUACUAUCUCAUGGAUUGGAUCUGUGCAGGUAUUCUUCCUCUAUGCCGGAGGCGUGAUAGGGGGUCCGUUGUUCGACCGGAUAGGUGCUAUUAUCAUCAUUCCCCCAGCACUACUCCUCGUCUUCGCCGUGAUGAUGACUUCCCUGUGCAAGGAAUACUACCAAUUCAUGCUCGCGCAAGGAAUCCUCGGUGGGCUCUGCUGCGGCAUGAUGUUUGCUCCGGCUAUGGCUGCUGUCGGACAGUAUUUCAGGACCCGGAGAGCCCUAGCUAUGGGUAUAGCGGUUAGCGGGUCAUCGCUUGGGGGUGUGAUAUUUCCGAUAGCCUUGAACAAUCUCAUCCAGAUACGCAGUAUUGCGUUUGGCUGGGGAGUGCGCAUUGCGGGAUUUAUCAUCCUAGCGCUUCUCGCGAUAGCAUGCGUAACGGUGCGAAGACGGUUGCCUCCCCGCAAAGGAAACAUCCUAGUCCUCUCAGCGUUCCGCGAUCCCAGCUACGUCCUAACAAUUGCCUCCCUCUUCUUCCUAAUCUGGGGUAUGUUCACCCCAUUUUUCUACAUCGAAACCUACGCCACAUACCGCGGCAUGUCUCCGCGCCUGGCCUCCUACAUGCUCUCCAUCCUAAACGCCGCCUCCAUAGUCGGCCGCAUCAUCCCGGGCAUCCUCGCCGACCACUUCGGCAACUUCACGCUACUUUUUAUCUCGGGGACCUGCACCGGUGUCCUCCUUUUAUGCUGGAUGGCGAUAAAAUCUAAUGCCGCGAUUAUCGUGUUCGCUGCGCUGUAUGGGUUUUUCUCAGGAGCGAUUGUUUCGUUACUAUCGCCGUGCAUUGCGCAGAUUGCGCCGCAUCCUAGUUUGAUUGGGGCGUAUUUGGGGAUGGCGUUGUUGCUGGUGGGGGUGUCGGGUUUGACGGGGACGCCGAUUUGUGGGGCGUUGAUUGAUGGGUAUGGGUGGUGGGCUGCGAUGGUGUUCAGUGGGGUUGCUGUGUUUGUGGGGAGUGGAUUGGUGCUUGUUACGCAGGUUACUUUGAUGAAGAAGAAGAGGGGCUAG